UUUUUUUUUUUUUUUUUUUUUUACUUUUUUUCCCCUCUAGUUUCUUUGAUUUAUUUUAAUGUAUUUUUUUUAUGUUUUGAUAGAUGGUUUGGUCUCUGUAUUGUUUUCGACAUAAGAUUUUUAAUUAAGAUUUUUUUUUUAACUAUAAUAAUCCUGGUCUUCAAAUCUGACUCCAUUUUAUUAUGACCUCGAAUUUAGGUUGAAAUGCAAAUUGGUUGUUUGUCUGUUUCUAAUUAAUAUUCUUCUGAUAUUUGAUCAUUCAGUUUAACUCUUUACUUUAUAUAUUUACUCAUUCAUUCGGGUGCUCAUGCCGCUAGCAAGGAUACAACGUAAUCUACUAGAGUCAAUAAUUACAGAGUAAAACAGAAUAACAUCAAAUGUAACAAUUUAUUAUCAGUCAGGUAAAUAUGUAUUAUGCCAAUUACACAGCCAAUUCAGAGAUAUCAAAUCAUAUCAAUUCAAAACAUCAAAUUCUCAAGGAUAAGUCUAAGAGUGAAAAUGCAUACCUGACCUUAGAACGGGCUCAUUCCAGCUACAGAAGACCCUGAUCUUCUUGCAUGAUUUCCUUAAGUACUCUGACCAAGAUAAACAUCCCCCGAAAUGGAGACAAGAACUAACAAUUGGAAUUUGCAUUGAUCAAGUAGAGUUAUCACCUUUUGGGACAGAAGGUAAUUUGCUUGAAAGGCACUGGGAACUGACAGUGUGCAAAAUAUCUCUAAACUGAUCUGUAUUACCUUUUAGUUUACUUCUUGUAAGAAUGACCCCAUUGUACCAGUCGCCCUGAGACAAUUCAAAUGAUACCAAAUAUGACUCUAAAUAUCACUUGCAAUCAUGUAAAACAUUAUAUUCUACUAUUGACCAUUCUGUGUGAGCUGAGUGAAGGGAAGGAUGGGGAUGAAAAGGAACUGAUGCAUAUGUGAGAGAGGCAUUUUCUCUCAGUGGGAUGUGGAGACAGAUGUCUGUAUGUUAAUAUACUGUGUGUGUGUUGUCCAUCUCAGAAGUUCAAAGUGUCUGAUGAUCUGUAAUUCUUACAAUAUUAACUGGAAAUAAUAUAGAAAAGAGUUAAAGUUCUGGUGGUAGUUUUAUAACGUUGUACUAACAUUGUAAGUAGUUAUAUGAAAUAGGCCCUUUUUUUCCCACGUUUAUUCUGAUGCGCUCUAACAACAUCAGAACUACACUUUUAAUGCUUUCCAAUAUCAGCCUAAAUGGUUACCGUUGCUAAAUUUUGCUGUUCUGUUACAGUUCGUGUCAUGAUUAGGAUUUUUGAUGCUGUGAAAUCAGGAUUUGAAUGUAUUUUCUCUUAAAAUAGGACUGCAUGCAUUUUGCUCUGUAUUAAGAAAAUGCACAAAAAAAAGGAUUGUUUGUGAUCAAAGUCAUAAAGCCAUUUUUGCAACUUAAUUUUACUCAUUUUCCAUCUUCACUCUCAUAGCAUUAGAUGAAUUUUUAUGCAUUUUUAUAAACUCUUUAUUAAUACAAAGGACCUAUUUUGCAGGCCAGAUUCGUUUAUUUUUAUGUUUUAUACUUCCUUGAGUGUUCCUGAUAUCAAGCCAUCUCAAUCAGCUUUCAGACUUGCCCAAUUUAAAUAGCUCUUUUUAAAUUCAGUCCUCAGAGAUUACAGUCUCGAUCUAAUUACAAUGACUAGAGCUGGCGAUCCUCACAGGGGUGCUAUUUCUAUAGGAGGUUCCUACCGUGCCCUAUCGGACUAUCUGGUGUAUGUUUUGCACGUGAAUACAGUUUUCCUCCAGUUUCCCGCUGCCUUGCGUUUUGGCCAAUGAUAUUCCAGCAUAUAAGGACAGACAAGAAAAGUAGCCAAUGAGAGUGCGUUACUCUCUGCACGAGAUUUAUUUGUUGCAGCCAGCAGCAGCUGAAUUGCAUUUUGCGUCCAGCGCUAACAAAAAAGGUAAUGGAUAAAACGACUAACACGGAGCGGUGUGAUAUCAAGGAGGAACAAGAUGAGGCGAUUAUUUUGCGGCCAGCGCUAAAAAAAAAGAAAAGGGAUGAAACGGAGGAGUGUGUGAACGGUAACAUGGAGAAACCAGAUGAAAACGAUGAGGUGAUUGAUUUGGAGGAAUCGUCCGACGAGAGUGCCGCUUCCAGCGUGGAUUCCAUAGAAGAGGAGAUGUUCCUCGAUGGUCUGGAUCCCCUCCUGGAUCGGUUUUCGGAUGCCUCUGAUGAAGACUGGUAUCCAGAGUCCACUCCACGAAAAAAGAAGAGGUCCGGACUGUCUUCCGUAUCACCAUCUCCAGCAAAGUCUUGCAGAUCUGGUUCGCCUGCCUCUGCACAAAGAGGCAAAAGGAAAGGUAGGCAAAGCAGCGCGAGUCGAUCCCUGCCUUUUUCCUUGAGCUUCUCAGAACAGAAGUGGAAAAAUUCAGAUGAGCCUGAUGUUGAGCCGACACAGCCAAGAUUCAGACCUAAAAACACUCCCGGCCCCCAGUUGAUCUCCACUGCAACAUGCAGUCCUCUGCAGUAUUUUGAGUUGUUCUUUUCCAAAUCAGUGCUACAGAAACUUGUAGAGCACACAAAUGCAUAUGGAGCCAUGCAUUUGGAAGGAAAGAAGAAGCCAUGGGAGAACAUUUCAAUAAAAGAUCUGAAGUCAUUCAUAGCACUUGUGAUUUACAUGGGUUUGCUGAAAUGCUUCAAACUGUCAGACUACUGGAAGAAAUCAGACUUAUACAGGCUGCCGUAUCCUGCAAAAAUCAUGACUGGAAAGAAAUUUUUUAGCAUGUGUGCAGGGCUCCAUAUUAGUGAUCCCAAAGUGGAUGCAGAGAAUGACAAGAAGAGAGGAACACCUGAAUACGACCGCCUGUGUAAGAUCAAACCGCUGUACCAGGACAUUAGGGACGCCUGCAGAGCCUCUUUCCAUCCCUUUCAGAACAUCUCCAUCGAUGAACGAAUGGUGGCAUCGAAGGCUAGAAAUGGACUUAAACAGUACAUGAAGAACAAACCUACAAAAUGGGGGUACAAACUUUUUGUACUAGCAGAUUCCCUCUGUGCCUACACGUGGGACUUCUUCAUUUAUGAAGGAAAGGUCAAUUUACAGGAGGGCAAAGGAAUUAGUUAUGAUUCUGUCAUGAUUCUGGCAAACGAAAGGUUGUUGGGAAGCGGCUACAAGCUGUUUGUUGACAACUUUUACACCAGUCCCAAGCUCUUCAGAGACCUACUCCGUAAAAAGAUCUGGGCUUGUGGCACCGUUCGUGCAAAUCGCAUUGGCCACUCAAAGGCACAGGCUCCUCGUGGCAAUAUUCGCUGGUUUAGGGAAGACGAUCUGCUGUUUGUUGAGUGGAAGGACAAGAGAGACGUGCUGAUGUGCUCCACCUUUCAUAAAGCCUUUAAUGGGGACUCCAUUAAGAGGAAUGUGAAAGGAGCCGAGGGAGUUUGGGCCAUUCAGGAUUUCCCCGUUCCACCCGCAGUGCUGGAUUACAACAAGCACAUGGGAGGAGUGGAUCUGUCUGACGCCCUUAUAGGAUAUUACACAGUUCUGCAUAAAACUAAAAAGUGGUAUCGGUCCUUUUUUUACCACUUUGUGGACAUCGCUGUAGUCAAUGCCUUCAUUUUGCACCAGCAGAUGGCCAAGAUGAACAACCAGAAGCCUCUGUCCCAGAAGGCCUUCCGGGAGGCGCUUGUUGCAGAGCUUGCGGGAACAGGACCUUUAUAUGCCUCUGCACAAGAACGACCAGUUCCUGCUACAGGUUCCCACCUGCCCAAGUACCUCAAUGGAGACAGCACUUUUGGAAGACGGAAAUGCAAAAUUUGCCGCCUCAAAACUCCAAUCAUGUGUGCAACUUGUGAGGUGCAUUUAUGCUUUGUUCCAAAGCGUGACUGUUACAGUAAAUGGCAUGAAUUAACUGAUGAGUCUGACACAGAGUAAUGCUCAAGGUAUACAUUACACGCUAGAGCUUGCGUACAGUUGAACGCAUAGCCAUUCAAAGUAUAGCAUGCACGAACGCAGGUGGUCGACACAUGCCCUCUAGAAAGUUUCGUAUUUGUCCAGCAUCUACACUUUUUCUCCAGACAUUUUGACAUAAAAUAUCUUUUGUACUCUUUUAAACUAAAGUUUCUUUUUGUUUUCUGUUGUGAAGCAAUGGCGGAGGCAGUGUUGCCACCUAGUGGAAUAACUGAUUUGUGCAAAACAAAUUGAAUGCACAUGUGCGACCUGCACAUACAAAGUUGGACAGUGAGCAUAAGGUACACAUGUACUAUUCUGAUGAAAAAUUUGUAUCACACACACUGCACCCUCGCGUACAGGUAAAAACCAAAGUAUACUUUGGGCUAAAUGCUUACAGUGCAGUUUAUUCAUAAACAACUCCAAACUGACAAUCAAAACUCAGAAAUCCAAAGAAAUGCAACAUCAAACUAGCAAGACAUUGAUGACAGACUAAUGGCAUGUGAGGCUUAUAAAUCCUGAUAAACUGGAAAUAUCUUAAAGACAUCUUAGCUUCUAGUGGUAGAUUUUUGAGUAUUCGCAUUGCAAGUAAAUAUAUGAAAAAGUCUCCAAUGUUUAUUCUGUUGCGCUGGAACUGUAUUUUCAGGGCUUUUGCACCAUCGGUUUAAAUGUUUUACCACUGCAGAACCAACCUAGACACAUUUAUGGACUCUUUGUCCAUUGUGGUGCUGCAAAACCAGGAUUAGAAUAUAUGUGGCUAGUUGUGAGUGACUAAACAUUGAUGUUCUCCUGUCCUGAGCACCUUUAGCUAACUUUGCUGCAAAAUCUGUGUGGAACGGUUUGUAAUUGUACCAAAACAUGUUCUAAUAGAAAUGCUGUUGGUACUGACACCUGUCAGGUUCUGAGCUAUGUGACCUGAUGAUGGAAAGGUGCUUAAUAUUAGUCUUACAACUGUGUAGACAUUAACAACACAUUUUUUUAUUGGCAUUCUAAAGGUGUAAACAUAUCUUUGUCUAGUUUAAAAGAUGUAUGAGCUGUUUGUAAAUGGUUGCAUGUCAUUAAAUAAAUUUCUUAAGUGCUCUUUUAGAGUCUC